ACACCGUCGGGGAGGAGUGGCACGACCACGUGGAGUAAAGGGAAAUGUCUUCGUCUGGAAAGAUCAGCCCGUAUGUGGAAAACGUGCGGGCACACUUCGAAAACAACAAGCGGAAGAAAGACUACGUCUCGCAUCAGGCAAAAGUUCACUCUGUCGCGUGGAACUGUGACGGGACGAGACUCGCCAGCGGCUCUUACGACAAGACUGUUACUCUUUGGGCUUUGGAUGCCGAGAAACUGAACCACGAGGGCAACUACAAAGUUCACUCUGGUAGUGUCGACCAACUCUGCUGGCACCCGAGCAAGAAAGACGUGUUUUCCACCGCGUCUGCCGAUAAGACUGUCCGCCUUUGGGAUGCCAGAUCUGGUAAGGUGACAAGCACCAUACAUACGAAAGGCGAAAACAUCAACAUCUGCUGGAGCCCAGACGGAAACAACAUCGCCGUCGGCAACAAGGUUGACCUGUUGACCUUUUUGGAUGUGAGAACGUCUAAAGUAAAAGCUGAGGAACAGUUCAAAUAUGAGGUGAACGAGAUAUCGUGGUGCCACGAUGGGGACCAGUUUUUCAUCACCAACGGCAACGGCUGUGUUGUAAUCCUCAGGUGGCCUGACCUGAAGCCU